AAGAACUCUUUAAGGACAUGGUUCUCUAAGGAACCCUGGUUUGAGAGGUUCUAUUGCAUAUCAUUCACACGUGAUGAGCUCAAUGUUCAAUGAGUCAAUGACCUGGAACAAUAUUAAAGAACCUUUAGACCUUGCUUUUGCCGGGUCGCUCACGACCUCUGACCCCGCAGGACGCCCGAGCCGGCGGGGCGGGCGGCGCUCCUCCGGCAGCUGAUCGAGCGCCUGAAGAGCGACCGGGCCGCCGGAGGAGUCCAGGGCAAGACGAGCCCCGAACCGGCUGGAUCCAGAGCUGGUCAUGUGACUAAAGAGAACGCCAAACCCCCUGAGCCCAGGAACGAGAAGGCGUCGCUCUUCUAUGAACUCGUCUCUGUCCGGGAGGAGAUGUCGGAUCUGCGAUCUCUGAUCCGCCUGAAGGAGAAGGAGCUGCGCUGUCUGGAGUGGGGUCUGAUGGCCCAGAGGGCCCACGAAGGCCUGGGGGAGGAGCUGGAGGACCGGGAGGCGGAGCAACAGUUUGCAGGUAUGAUAACCUCUCGCGGGAUUUGCCUGAGAUCUCGCCAUGUGUCCACGAAUCUCGCGAGAUGUAAGGCAAAGUCCCAUGAAGCGGUUCGAGAUCUGGAUCUAAUUCCCCAAGCCGUGUGGAUCUGUCUAACUCAUGAACUUCUUCUCCAAGCAGCCGGAAGAGAGAGGACCACGCUGCGCUGCAGGAAGCAUCACAAAGGCGCCACCAAUCCAAUGUGUCCAUCAAAGGUGGAAAGACGUCUCGCACGUGAGAGACGAGAAGCGACGGAAGACCACGAGGCCAUUCCAUCGACUUCUAGCGGCACGAGUCCAACAAAGAAACUGCGAUCCAGGUCAGGGCUGCCAGUCGCAGGCUCUGGCCCCGUUCUUCCUGCCCUGUGCAUAAUUUGCCAAAAAAAGGAGAAGUUCGUCAACCGAGCAGGCAAACGACAAAGGGAUACUCUGUCAAAGGCUGAAACAUUAACAGCAGGCCAAUUGCAGAAAGCUGCCGAGUUGAAGGAGGACCAAAGUAUUCUUUUGCAUAUAAAAGACAAAGACUGUGUGGCUCUGGAGGUGCAGUACCACAAAGGCUGUUAUAAUCAGUACACCAGGUUUUUGACGAGGCCUGAAAAACCAGAGAAAGACCAGGAGGAGUCAACACGACCGUUCGCCAUGGAGGCAUCUACGUCAAAGCCGUCAUCCCCAGAGGAGCAGCUGAGCUCGACGGGCGGAUACAGAAAGGUGACCGUGUGGUGGCUGUCAAUGGGAAUAGUCUGGAGGGAGCCACUCACCACCAAGCGGUGGAAGCGCUCCGAGAAACGGGGCAGACGGUGCACUUGCUGCUGGAGAAGGGUCACCCGCCUACAGACAGCGUCCAAGCGCCCCACACGCCUCAGUGCAGUCGGCCCGCUGCAGCCGGCGACCAAGACCAGAGCAAGAAUAAAGAGCCGCUGGAGGUCAAGGAAAGCCCAGUACAGCUUCAUCACACGAGUGUUUCCUGGUUGA